AUGGAUUCUCGACCUGUUGUCAAACUUACCCUUGAGCAUCCAAAGAAAACAGAAACGGACAUAUAUAUUACAAAAAGUAUGGCACUAAUGCCAAUGGUAGAAGAAAUAAUCAAGAAACUUCACAAUCAUAAUGAAAUUACACUCCACGCAACAGGCGCUGCAAAUUAUAAAGCGCUAAAGAUAGCAACAGUAGUAAAAUCUAUGCAGAAGGGCUUGGUUGAAGCAACAGUUACAACUCAUACAGUAUCAACAACUGACUUUCUCAUUCCUACAAAAAUAGGUGAAAAGAAAGAACAGAAGUCGCGUAAUAUGAACGCUGUUACAAUUGUUCUUUCAAUUAAAUAG